AUGGCGGGUAUGCAAAAAAUACGACAAGUGUGCAACUUACCUACCGUCGCGAUUAAUGGAUUCGGUCGAAUAGGGAAAUGUGUACUCCGGUUGGCCGUCCAGAAUAACGUAAACGUGGUUGCCGUAAACGAGCCAGGUGCCGACGCAGCGGCAAUCGCGCACUCGUUCAAAUAUGAUACGGUUCACGGGACGUUUCCUGGAAAAGUCUGCGUACACGAAAACAGUCUCAACAUUAAUGGCAAUAUUAUAAAAGUGUACGGAGAAGAAAACCCAGAAAAGAUCAAGUGGAAUGAAUUACCAGUAGACUAUGUGAUAGAUUCGACCGGAAGGUUCACUGAAGUCAGUACGGCUAAGAAACACAUGGCCGCAGGAGUGAAAAAGGUAAUUAUCAGCGCGCCGAGUAAAGACGCGCCAAUGUUCGUGAAGGGUGUCAACUUCAAUGAGUAUAAAAAGUGUAUGACAGUGGUGUCAAAUGCGUCGUGCACAACCAACUGUGCGGCACCGUUAUUGAGCAUUAUAAACAAAAAGUUCGGCGUAGAAAACUGUCUGUUGACCACCGUUCAUGCCAUGACGUCUAGUCAGGCCGUCCUAGAUAAAACGAAAGACAGGUCGGCCUCUGGAAACAUUGUGCACAGCUCGACGGGCGCUGCGAAAGCUGUGGGAAUUGUUAUUCCGGAACUAAAAGGAAAAGUAACCGGUGACUCGAUAAGAGUGCCCACGCUGGACGUGUCGCUACUGAAACUUUACAUAAACAUAAAAAAUCCCGUGAAAUUAGAGGAAAUUAAAUGUGCCAUCUGGGAAACUGCGACAUUAUGCAACAAUGACGUGUAUUCCUACAUUGAAGAUACGACCAAACUUGUCAGCUCCGAUCUCGUUGGCCAUCAGUAUUCGGCCAUAGUUGAUUUCAACCAGGUGUCGGUCAUCGGCGACAAAUUCGUGACGAUCGGUGCUUGGUAUGACAACGAGAUGGGAUAUUCGAAAAGGCUUAUAGAUCUCUUCAAUCACAUGGUGAAAGUGGACAAAGAUAUAGCCGAUAAGAAAUAA